AUGGGUAAAGAGCAAUACCGUGAAUCAGAUUUGGCACGCAAAGUAAGCAGUGUGCAAUUUACGGCUGGUAAUGCUGAAUCAAUGAGGCAAAUAGCACAUAUACCGAUCUUCAAUAGCAAAUUGUAUGAUGAAAGUCCCGGCCGAUGGGUUCCGGUUACUCAUGGACCACUCGAUCCGCGCUUAGGAACAUGUCAAAAGCAUACUGACUGUCAAACUUGUAAACAAAACUUGGUUGAUUGUGUUGGUCAUUUUGGUUAUAUUGAUCUCGCUAUACCCGUUUUUCAUGUUGGCUUCUUUCGCUUGACAAUACAGAUGUUGCAAUGCAUUUGUAAAUUUUGUUCUGCGAUGUUGAUUACUGGUGAGCAGAAGAAGAUGUUUUUGCAUCAGGUUAAUAAUCCAAAUUUGGAUUAUUUACGACGGAAAGCGCUUCAUAAGCGUAUCGUUGCCGCCAGCAAAAAAAUUACUGUUUGUGGUAAAUGUGGGCAUAGAAAUGGUAUUGUAAAGAAAGCAGUUGGUGCAGUAUUGAAAAUAGCACAUGCCGAAGUAAUUCCUGCUGAUAAUUAUUCCGAAUACGUUUAUGCUGCCCAGGAAAAUAAAGAAUUACAAAAUUUAUUACCAAAAACGAAAUUCACUCUCUUAGAUCCACUCCAAGUGCAAGUCUUAUUUAAUAAAAUCGACAAAAAGGAUAUACCGUUGUUGAUGGUGCACUCAGCGGAUACGCCCAAACAUCCAUCUGAUGUCAUUUUGACUAGAAUACCUGUUCCUCCAUGCUGUAUUCGACCUUCUGUCGUGUCUGAGGUGAAAUCGGGAACAACCGAAGAUGAUAUUACGAUGAAACUAUCUGAAAUUAUAUUGAUAAAUGAUGUUAUCGAAAAACACAAAAAGGAAGGUUCGCCGACUAAAACCAUUUCGGAAACAUGGGACCAUUUGCAAGUUCAAUGUGCUCUGUACAUAAACAGUGAACUGAGUGGAUUACCACUUGACAUGCAACCUAAAAGAGCAACACGUGGCUUUACACAACGGCUGAAAGGAAAACAAGGCAGGUUCAGGGGAAAUCUCUCCGGAAAACGUGUUGACUUUUCUGGAAGAACGGUUAUAUCACCUGAUCCAAAUCUUAGGAUUGAUGAAGUUGGUGUUCCUGUUCAUAUAGCGAAGAUCCUCACUUUUCCGGAAAUUGUAAAUAAGGCAAAUAUUGAGCGAAUGCGUAAACUGGUUUUAAAUGGUGAUAAUAUACAUCCAGGAGCAAACCAUAUUGUAGAAAGAGCAACAGGCAACAAACGUUUCCUCAGGUACGGCAAUCGCGAAAUCACGGCUGCACAGUUAAAAGUUGGUGAUAUAAUUGAACGGCAUCUGGACGACAAUGAUAUUGUGCUUUUCAAUAGACAACCUUCGCUUCAUAAAAUCUCAAUUAUGUCUCAUAGAGCAAAAAUCAUUCCUGGAAGAACCUUCAGGUUUAAUGAGUGUGCAUGUACACCGUACAAUGCCGACUUUGAUGGUGACGAGAUGAAUUUACAUGUUCCUCAAACAUAUGAAGCACGUGCGGAAGCAUCUCUGCUAAUGGGCGUCAAAAGUAAUCUAAUCACGCCGAGAUCAGGUGAGCCGCUCAUUGCUGCGAUACAGGAUUUCAUCACUGGUACCUAUCUCCUAACACACAAAGAUAGUUUUUUCCCUCGCUCGGAGAUGUAUCGUUUUGCGGCCUCAAUCAUAGACUGCAGUUCGAAAAAGCAGCAAAGAAUUCGAAUACCACCUCCGGCUAUUCUAAAACCAGCGGAACUUUGGACCGGAAAACAAUUAAUAGAAUUAAUUAUAAGACCAGAUGUAGACUCGAAGAUCAAUUUGAAUUUAACUACAAAGAAUAAAAGUUAUACUGGCAAUGAAGAAUUUUGUGUAAAGGAUUCUUACGUAAUAAUCCGGAAUAGUGUCUUGAUAUGUGGAGUAUUGGAUAAGGCAUUAUUGGGAUCAGGCAGCAAAACAAAUAUAUUUUAUAUACUUUUGCGUGAUUUUGGUGAAGAUGCGGCGGUUGAUGCGAUGUGGCGACUAGGCAGAAUGGCUCCUGUGUUUCUCAGCAAUCACGGUUUCUCUAUUGGAAUAGGUGACGUAAGACCAAGUAAUGCGCUAUUGAGAGAAAAAAGUGAUUUACUGAGGAAUGGUUAUGAAGUUUGUGAUGAUUAUAUUAAAAGCUUAAAAGAAGGGCGCUUAAAAGCGCAGCCAGGUUGCACAGAAUAUGAAACACUGGAAGCGUUAAUUUUGAAAGAACUUUCUGCCAUUCGUGAUCAUGCGGGUCAAGCAUGUCUACGUAAUUUAUCGAGACACAAUGCUCCAUUAAUUAUGGCCGUCUGUGGCUCAAAGGGUUCAUUUAUUAAUAUUUCGCAGAUGAUUGCAUGCGUGGGUCAGCAAGCUGUUUCUGGACACAGACCACCAGAUGGUUUUGAGGAUCGUUCUUUGCCACAUUUUGAAAGACGUCAAAAAACACCAGCUGCGAAAGGUUUUGUAGAAAAUAGUUUUUAUUCUGGUUUAACACCAACCGAAUUUUUCUUUCACACUAUGGGUGGUCGCGAAGGUCUUGUCGAUACUGCAGUAAAAACUGCCGAAACUGGUUAUAUGCAACGGCGAUUGGUCAAAUGUCUAGAAGACCUCUGUGUAAAUUACGAUGGUACAGUACGUUCAUCUGUAGGCGAUGUAAUUGAAUUUACAUUCGGCGAAGAUGGCUUGGAUCCUGCGUUAAUGGAAUCAAAGGAUGGCGGGGUCGUAGAUUUCAAACAUAUACUAGAACAUAUUCGGAAUACAGUACCGUAUUCGACAGAAGAUGGGGAUGUCAUCAACUAUGAAAUGGAAAAAGUUGCCAUAGAUGCAAUCAAUGAAAAGAUCGGAAAUGAACAUGCUAUGUUUCGAGAACAGCUUGAGUCUUUUAUCAAUGAAUAUCUGAAAAAAACGAAAAAAUACUAUGAACUUCCAAAAAAUUGCACCAAACAUAUCGAGUUAGUGCCAUCAAUAACACAUUGUAAUGAUUGUAAGAAUCAAAAUUUCUUCCGACAGACCGAAAUUAAGUCACGCUGUUUAUCACAUGCACAAGUAAUCGCUUUCAUUGGGCUUUGUUCGAGGAAAUUUAGGCGUGCCAUUUGUGAACCGGGUACAGCAGUUGGCGCUAUUGCUGCUACUAGUAUUGGUGAACCAUCUACUCAAAUGACACUAAAAACAUUUCACUUUGCUGGUGUUGCUUCCAUGAAUAUCACUCAGGGUGUACCACGAAUUAAAGAAAUCAUUAAUGGUGUAAAGUUGAUUUCAACGCCAUUAAUCACAGCUGCAUUAGUGAAUGAAAAGGAUGAAAAGUUAGCGCGACGAGUGAAAGCAAGGAUUGAGAAAACAACACUUGGUGAAAUCUGUGAUUACAUCGAAGAAGUUUAUUUGCCUGAUGAUUGCUUUAUUCUGUUAAAAAUCAAUGCAAAACGUGUCCGACUUCUUCAGCUUGAAAUCACGAUGUCGUCAAUUGCGCAGUCUAUUUGCACUUCAAAGCUACCUGUUCCAGUGAAAAUAUCACAGAUUAAAAUUUUGGGUAAAACAAUUAUGACAAUUCGGCCACCAGAAUUGGCUAAAUGUUCCAAAAUGAUGGCUAUUCAAUACCUAAAGUAUAAUAUUGGAAAUAUUGUUGUAAAAGGUCUUCCGGGCAUUGUACGCUGUGUGAUUCAUGCAGAUGAAAGGAAGGGGGAUUCUUAUAAAUUACUGGUGGAAGGAAUAGAUUAUCGUGAAGUUAUGGCAACAGUUGGCGUCGAGGGCCGUCGGACAUAUUUCAAUAAUGCACUUACUGUCGCUGAUGUGCUUGGCAUUGAAGCAGCACGUUCAUCGAUCAUAUCAGAAAUAUUAUCUACAAUGGCUUCACAUGGAAUUGGCUUGGACCAGCGACAUGUGAUGUUACUUGCAGAUUUAAUGACUUACAGGGGUGAGGUACUUGGUAUAACGCGGAAUGGCUUGGUGAAAAUGAAAGAGUCGGUGUUGCUGUUAGCGUCAUUCGAAAAAACAGCCGAUCAUCUUUUCGAAGCUGCAUUUUUCUCACAAGAGGAUAAGAUAUGCGGUGUAAGCGAAUGCAUCAUUCUUGGUACUCCAAUUACAAUUGGUACUGGUUUAUUCAAAUUACUUCGUAAUCAUGGCAAACAAUUCACAGUAUCCAGAAUGAGCACUAUUUUCGAGUCACCUGAAUUUAAUUUGAAACUAUAA